AUAGCUUUGAGAGUACUUAAAUAUUUUAUAAUUUGUUUUGUUUCGCAAGUCACUCAAAUUAACAUAGAGUAGACUAAAAUUAGAUAAUUUCAAUGUAUUGAUACAUAAUUGCUUAAAUCUACGUACUCUAGUACUAGCGUGACUCUCUGAAUUAUCACUAAUCUCAGUUAGUUUAAAGUUGUAGCCCGGACAUCUCGCGUCAAAGAUGAAAUUGCAACUAUGUUUACUCGUUUGUUUUGUAGUAGUAUUCGAAAAAAAUGAAUGUGCAAAAAUCUUAGGAAUGUUUCCAUUCCCAGGGAGAAGUCACUAUAUUAUGUUUAGGAGCCUAUUGAAAGGUUUAGCCCAGAAAGGACACGAUGUGGAUGUAGUGUCACAUUUUCCACUCAAAGAAAAUAUUACAGGAUACAACGAUAUAAGCAUUAGAGGAAGCGCUCCAAUAUUUACAAACAAUUUCACCUUGGAUUUGAUACAGGACCUUUCGUACAACGAAAUACUAGAUAUAAUAUUUCGUAUGUCCGGCACAGACAUUUGCAAGUUGAACUUUGCCACGAAAGAGCUGCAGGAACUGAAAAAAUCCAAAAAGAAGUACGAUGUAGUACUGACGGAACACUUUAGUACGGACUGUAUGCUAGGUUGGGCGUGGCACUUUGGAGCACCUUCCAUAGUGAUGACUAGCAGCGAAAAUUUCCCAUGGGCAUCUGAGAGGUUCGCUCUGCCAGAUAAUCCAUCCUAUAUUCCCACGUACUUUGUAGAGUACGGAUCCAAGAUGAAUUUGUAUCAGAGAAUUGUUAAUGCGUGGACUUUGUUGAAAGGAAAAUUGUACUUUUAUUUGUAUAGUUCAAUACCAUCAACUAAUAUUGCUAGAGAAUUUUUUGGAGACGAAUUGCCAGAUUUAAAUUUACUAGCUUACAAUACAAGUCUGCAUUUAGUCAAUACGCAUUUCAGUAUAAGCAACUCAAGACCCCUGGUUCCAAAUGUUGUUGAAGUUGCAGGAUUACAUAUCGAAGACGUCAAACCUCUCGAUGAACAUUUCUCAAAAAUUCUAGAAACAGACACAAAAGGAGUUAUAUACUUUUCCAUGGGUUCACUGGUAUUGACUGAAACAUAUCCUCCACACAUUUUACAAGCAAUAUUUGAUGCUCUGGCGGAAGUACCGUAUAAAGUAUUAUGGAAAGGUACCAGAGAGAAAUUUCCGAAAGGACUUACAUUUCCUUCUAAUAUUCAUUUUGAACCAUGGAUACCCCAACUUGAUAUUUUGUGCGAUCCAAGAGUGAAACUGUUUGUAUCACACGGAGGCAUGAUGGGAACGCAAGAAGGGGUAUACUGUGGUGUUCCUAUACUCGGAAUACCAUUAUUUGCAGACCAGUCGUUGAAUAUUAAGAGAGCUGAAACAGCUGGAUAUGGAAUAAGAAUUGACUUGAAAGAUAUAAGCAAGAAAACUUUUUCAGCGGCUCUUCGGAAAAUCCUUUUUAAUCCAAGGUAUACAGAAAUAGCGAAAGAAACAUCAGAACUAUUUAAAGAUAGGAUCGCCAGCCCCUUAGACAUGUCAAUAUACUGGGUGGAAUACGUAAUUAGACAUAAAGGAGCAGUCAAACUGCAAAGUGCAGCUAAAGACUUGCACUGGUAUCAAUAUUACUUUUUAGAUGUUAUUGCCAUUAUCUUGGCAACGACUUACGCCUUAUUUUACCUAGUUUCCGUUUUGAGCAAGCUGACACUAAGAAAACCGUCAAAAAUUAAAAUUAAAUCCAGUUAAGGAAGUUAUGUUCAUCAUAGAUAUAGAUACCUACAUAUUUUUUUCAUAAUAAAAAUUAGCAAAGAAUAUAAA